UAUCGGCCAUUCAAUGCAACGACAACAAGAUAUCAUGUAUCAUUGGUUGUAUGCAUGUAUUGGUGUCUAUUUCUGUCUCUAUCUCUCUGUCUAUCUAUCCUCUAGCUAUCUCGCCCGGUCCACCUUAAGUGCAGCUUGAGCAGGCUGUCGUGUUUGUGUUGAAGCCAACAGGCACAAUAUAUUACAGUCUAGGGCUUGCUGCUGAAAAUCCUGCUGGAUCUUCCAGUGACCUGCUGUUCUUUCCUGCUUUCCUGUGUUUUUUUUUUCUUCCUCUCUAGAUUUAGAUGAAAUACAAAGCCCGUUCCUCCUUCUCCCUUGCCUUUUUAGACCUCAGCAAAGAAGCCCUGUAGUUUUGAGGUACUGUUACAAGGUUGGAAGACUCGAAUGGAGAUACGUGUUUGUUUAUGUAGCUUGUUGGGGACAUUUGCAGAAGGACAAGACUGUGGACAGCUGGACGUGAUUCUUCGGAAUUCCCUGCUCCUCCCGGUCUCCUGACCUGUCGGACUGAGAGCCGGACAGUAACGGAGUGGGACGUCAGGGAAUUCUGGGGGGAAAUCCAGUCCAAGUGUGAGUAAGGGGAUCUGUUUUUAGAAGACCCCCUCGUCGGAUGCACUGACAGCCUUCUGCGGCUCGGAAAGAACAGAGCCGGGUUCCCAAACUCGAUUCGGGGCUCUGUCCCCUGGUGGAGGGGGGACGCAGAAGUACGGAGGGUCAGCGCAUUGGCCGUCAAACCCAUAGCCGGCAUCCCUCCGGUGACCAUGUACCCGCAGGGUAGACACCCGGUACCUCUGCAGCCUGGACAGUCAUUCAAGUUCACAGUGCUGGAGACUCUGGACCGCAUUAAAGAGGAGUUCCAGUUCCUUCAGGCUCAGUACCACAGUCUCAAACUAGAUUGUGAGAAGUUGGCCAGCGAGAAGACGGAGAUGCAGCGCCACUAUAUCAUGUACUACGAGAUGUCCUAUGGGCUCAACAUUGAGAUGCACAAACAGGCGGAGAUCGUGAAGCGACUCAGUGCUAUCUGUGCUCAAAUCAUCCCUUUCCUCUCUCAGGAGCAUCAACAGCAGGUUGUUCAGGCGGUGGAACGUGCCAAACAGGUCACCAUGGCAGAGCUCAACGCCAUCAUAGGGCAGCAGCAGCUUCAGCACCUGUCUCACCACACUCCAGGUAUUCCUCUUACUCCUCACCCUUCAGGUCUGUCUCUGGGCGGCACGUCAGGGCUGCUGGCCCUCACCGGGGCUCUGGGAGUCUCCGCCCACCUGGCCAACAAGGACGAACGCAACCACCUAGACCCUGAGCACCUGCGAGAGGGUGCGCCCAGCAGGAGUAAAUCAGUGUCGUCAACUGACAGUCAGGCAGCGGAGGAUCGUCAGGGUCCCUCAGGGGUGUACCCCUCACAGGCCAGCAGCGAUGCCAAACGGAGACGGUGUGAUGAAAAAGACGUCCUCCCGUCUCACUACGACAGUGACGGAGACAAGAGUGAGGACAAUCUUGUAGUAGAUGUCUCAAAUGAGGAGCCAUCCUCUCCCGUAGACAGUGCCCCUCUGUCUCCACAUGGGAAUGGUUUGGAUCGAGCCCCGACCCUGAGGAAAGAGCUCUCAGGAUCCCCCAGCCCCCCUCCGUCCUCCCCACCACACAGUCCACCUCCUGGCAAAAACAAGGACACGGCACACACAGAAAAAUCUCAGUCGCCCUCCUCUAAAUCAGGCAGUUCUUCUCCCUCUCACCAUGACACUCUCACCCCUGGUCCACCUGGCCCACCCGGGCCCAGCACUUCCUGUUUACGCCUGGUCAACAAACCUGUCUCCUCUGCGGACCCUCUGGCUCUGCGGAGUCCCAUGACCAUGACGCCCGGUUCUUACCCAGCUCACUUCGGGGUGGUGUCCCACGCUGGGCUUAACGGAGAGCUGGCCAGCCCGGGUGGGUUCGGAGGCUCACUCACCCUCUCGCCCCAAAUCAGUGCUGCAGCCAGUGCCUACACACGCAGCCCUAUGGUAGCGUAUGAAUCUCGUUCACAUCUUAGGCCAUCAGGGCUGUCCUCCUCUCUGCCUGGCUCCACUGGUGGCAAGCCAGCUUACUCGUUCCAUGUGAGUGCAGAUGGUCAAAUGCAGCCGGUGCCCUUCCCUCCUGAUGCCCUCCUCGGCCCUGGCAUCCCUCGUCACGCCCGUCAGAUCCACACCCUCAGUCAUGGAGAGGUGGUAUGCGCGGUCACCAUCAGCACUUCCACACGUCAUGUCUACACUGGCGGGAAAGGCUGCGUCAAAGUGUGGGACAUCAGCCAACCGGGCAGCAAGAGCCCGAUGGCCCAACUGGACUGUUUGAAUCGAGACAACUACAUCCGUUCAUGUAAGAUUCUCCCAGAUGGAAGGACUUUGUUAGUUGGGGGAGAGGCCAGCACGCUGUCCAUCUGGGAUUUGGCCACGCCCACUCCACGAAUCAAGGCCGAAUUGACGUCCUCUGCUCCGGCCUGCUAUGCUCUGGCCAUCAGUCCAGACAACAAGGUCUGCUUCUCCUGCUGCAGUGACGGAAACAUUGUGGUCUGGGACCUGCACAACCAGACGCUUGUCAGGCAGUUCCAAGGUCACACAGAUGGAGCCAGCUGUAUCGAUAUUUCCAAUGACGGGACCAAACUGUGGACGGGGGGUCUGGACAAUACAGUGCGCUGCUGGGACCUGACAGAGGGCCGACAGCUGCAGCAACAUGACUUCACCUCACAGAUCUUUUCUCUGGGUUAUUGUCCUACGGGCGAGUGGCUUGCAGUGGGUAUGGAGAGCAGUAAUGUGGAAGUGCUGCACGUCUCCAAACCAGACAAAUACCAGCUGCACCUUCACGAAAGCUGCGUUCUCUCACUCAAGUUUGCCUACUGCGGGAAGUGGUUUGUAAGCACGGGAAAGGACAAUCUGCUCAAUGCAUGGAGGACGCCAUAUGGAGCCAGUAUUUUCCAGUCAAAGGAGUCCUCGUCCGUCCUGAGCUGUGAUGUUUCCCCAGAUGACAAGUAUAUUGUAACUGGUUCUGGGGAUAAGAAAGCCACAGUGUAUGAGGUGGUGUACUGAACACAAAGAUGGACGGAUGGAUGAACAAAGAGCGCCAAGCAUGAAACAAUCAUGGAUGGCAUGGCGGGCAACCAUAGCUCUUCUAUUUGCGGUCCUUAUCUAGUCACAACCAUUUGAGAGAUAGAAGGAGGCUUUGUUCAGAAUUGCAUACUACCAUACUAUUCAUACUUUUAUGCAGAAUGUAUACGGAGCACAGUAUGAACAUUUUCUUUAUACAUAAAAUACCCAGAUGACGUACUAACAGAGCUGGGUAGUAACGGAUUACAUGUAAUCUGGAUUACGUAAUCAGAUUCCAAAAAGUA